AAUUACAUUAGUGUGGCAGAAUCUGCCGGUUUCCACGGAAGAUCUCCGGUUCUCCCCGUUUUCCUUUGGGUUGGAAGAGCAGGAAACCGCGGGGUUGUGAGGUGUUGUUUGUUUAAUUGUUUUAUUCUGUAACGACAUCGCGGAAGGAGCCAUGAUGGUCCCGAUAUUCACCCUGAAACUGAACCACAAGAUUAACCCCCGCAUGGUGACCAUUGGCAAGUUCGAUGGAGUGCACCCCUGCCUCACUGCAGCCACGCAGGCCGGGAAGGUUUUCAUUCACAACCCUCAUGUUCGGAGUCAGAAACCAGCAUCUCAUCGACUGACCCAGAGCACCCAGGACUCCGACAUCUCUCUGCUCAACAUCAACCAGGCGGUGACCUGUUUGGCUGCGGGGAAGCUGCGGCCGGAAACGGUCGGGGACACUCUGUUCGUGGGAUCUCAGACCAACUUGUUGGCCUACGAUGUUCAUGAUAACACAGACAUAUUUUACAGGGAGGUGACGGAUGGAGCCAACGCCAUCGUGUUGGGGAAACUCGGCAACAUCCAUUCUCCUCUCGCGAUCAUUGGUGGGAACUGUGCCUUACAGGGUUUCGACUACGAAGGCAACGACCAGUUUUGGACAGUGACAGGGGAUAACGUCAGGUCUCUGGUGCUUUGUGACUUCACUGGAGAUGGGAAAAACGAGCUCCUGGUGGGAUCUGAAGACUUUGACAUCAGAGUGUUCAAAGAGGACGAGCUCGUGUCAGAGAUGACGGAGAACGAGACGGUGACGUCUCUGUGCCACAUGCACGGCAGCAGGUUUGGUUACGCUCUGGCUAACGGCACAGUUGGAGUGUACGAUCGCACCGCUCGCUACUGGAGGAUCAAGUCGAAGAACCACGCCAUGAGCAUCCACGCCUUUGACUUGAACGGCGAUGGAGUUGUGGAACUCAUCACCGGCUGGUCCAAUGGAAAGAUCGAUGCUCGAAGCGACCGCACAGGUGAGGUGAUCUUCAAAGACAACUUCUCCUCCGCCGUGGCGGGCGUGGUGGAGGGCGACUACAGGCUGGACGGGCAGAAACAGCUCAUCUGUGCCUCCACGGAUGGAGAGGUCCGCGGUUACCUGCCGGCCAGUAAAGACCAGAAGGGCAGUCUGAUGGACUCCAGCUCAGAGCAGGAACUCGUUCGAGAGCUCAGCCAGCGCAAACAGAACCUCCUGCUGGAACUGCGUAACUACGAGGAGAACGCGAAGGGGGUGUCGCAGACGAACAGCGAGGUUGGGGUCAUUCCAGCCAACACUCAGCUGCAGACGGCGCUGUCAGUGCGGCCCGCUACGGAGGUUCAGAAGGCGCACGUGGAGCUCAGCAUCUCCACCCCCAACGAAACCAUCAUCCGCGCUGUGCUCAUCUUUGCUGAGGGAAUAUUUGAAGGUGAGAGCCACGUGGUCCAUCCCAGCGCUCAGAACCUUUCGGGCUGUGUCCGUGUCCCCAUCGUGCCCCCUAAAGACAUCCCAGUGGAUCUGCACAUCAAAGCCUUCGUUGGAGGAAAGUCCAGCACCCAGUUCCAUGUGUUCGAAAUCACUCGGCAGCUGCCGCGGUUCUCCAUGUACCAGAUCUCAGCGGACACGUCCGCCGCGCCGCCGCCGGGGGGCAGAGUCACCUUCAGCAUCAACGAGCGGCCUCAGAGGGUGGUCAUGUGGCUGAACCAGAACUUCCUGCUGCCGGAAGGAGUGGAGAACCCGAAUGUCACCUUCAGUUCACUGAGAGGCAGAGGGCUGCUGUCCUUCAACAUGGCCAGCAACGGACAGAUCACCCUGAAGACGGACGACAUCGACCUGGCAGGAGAUGUGGUCCAGUCUCUCGCCUCCUCGCUGGGCAUGGAGGACCUUUCAGCAGAAGCAGACUUUCCCGCGUACUUCGAGGAGCUGCGCACGACGCUCACCGAGGUCGACGAGUUUCACGCCGUCCAUCAGAAAUUGACAGCAGACAUGGCCGAACACUCCAACUACAUCAGGAGCAUGCUGGUGCAGGCGGAGGACUCUCGCCUCAUGGGGGACAUGACGGCCAUGAAGAAGCGCCACAGGCAGCUGUACGACCUGAACAGAGACCUCAUCAACGAGUACAAGAUCCGAUCCAACAACCACAACGCGCUCGUGGCCUGUCUCAAGUCUGUGAACCAGGCCAUCCAGCGGGCGGGGAGACUCCGAGUGGGCAAACCCAAGAACCACGUCAUCUCCGCCUGUCGAGACGCCAUCAAGAGCAACAACGUCAACGCGCUCUUCCGGAUCAUGAGAGCCGGCACGGCAUCGUCCUGACGGCGAGAGCAGCUGAGAGAGACAUGAGGACUGUGGAGGAGCUGGGAGCGUUUUCUAGCAUCUUUGAGUGUUUGACAGUUCAGAUGUGGGAAGUUUCCCAGUAGAUGACUCAGAUCUCAUGUUUGGAGACGUUUUUUUGUUUGAAAUGAAGAUAUCUUUUGUAGAAUAAACUCAGAGGCUGUGGAGGUGAUGUUAUGGUACUGUUACUUUUAAAAAACAAACCGGAA